CGCCACUUGUUUCCGGUCGCUCGCUGGCAGGCCGGCGCCACGAACGAACGAACGAAAUCUCUUGCCGGGCCCCACCCAACCAUCAAUCAAUCGCACCUCGUGCUGCUGUCUAGACCUGCCGGCUUCAACAAGCAGGGCUGACAGAACCCCCGCUACAAAGGAAUUGCGCCUGUGAACAAAGUUUCAACUCGACCUGUCAUCCAGCCUCCUUUAGGAGUAGGAGGAGGACGAGGGAUUGACACAGAGGUGGGGCGGCUUGGUGGCGUGGGAUAUAAAAAGUGACGGGCGUAAUGUCCGAGGCUCCAGUAGCCAUCACUGCUGCCGGUGUUGCCGUAGACACCAGCGGUGUAUUGAGUUUGCUAGAAGACGACGAAGACGACGACGAGACGCACGCUGUGAAUCUUUCGGUUCUGUCCACGGCGCACCAUUCUGCUAUAUCCGGGGAAGAUAUUGAGGCUAUGGUUGUACCGCAUGAUUCUCACCCUCACCAUCACCACCUCCUCCAUAAUCACCACCAGGCACAGACGGUAUCGGCAUUGCAGCAGACGGAUGAAGGCCAGAGCUUGGAGGAUUCUCUUGUGGCUCUACAGCAAGCCCAACACCAGUUCUCGCCUUCGCAGCUGUCUCCGGAAUCUGUGUCGUCCCUGCACCUUCCGUCUCCUUCAAACACUAGUUCCGACAUACCUGCCGACUCGAUGGCAAAGGCCGACCAAAACUCUCAGAACUCUGGCUUUGGGUUAAGCUCUGCUUCACCUCACUCGAUAUGUCUCUGCCAAGCACCAACGAGAAUCCCAAGACCACGUAACGCCUUCAUCCUCUACCGCCAACACCACCACGCAGCAGUCGUCGCCCAAAACCCUGGGAAACCGAACCCAGAAAUCUCCAAAAUCAUUGGUCACAUGUGGAAGACUCGCAGCGACGAAGUGAAGGCGGUGUGGCAGAGUCACGCAGAUGAAGAGAAACGACAGCACCUACAGAGGUACCCGCAGUAUCGGUAUCAACCGCGGAGGAGCGUUAAGAAGACUGCACAGGCGGCCGCAGCAGCUGUUGCCUCGGCGUCAUCAUUAGACCCGACUUCGCCACUACCGGCACUGGAGUCGGCGUUAUGCCCAAUAUGUGGGGGCCAAACUGGCGCUCUUCCUACUUCACCAAGCCCAGUUGCAACCUCCGGACGGAAGUCGUUACAGGCGUCGCGAACUACUCUUGCAGCAACUAUAACCACUGCAAGGAGAAACACUGGAAUUCUAGAUGACAAUGGCUCACCUGUGGACGAGAGGAGCGGAAAUACAACAGACCAAAUUGACCCCCGUGUGGGAGAAAAUUCCGGUAAUGGAAUGGUUGCGGGAAUUGAAGCGCUGCUACAACUUGGUCUGCGAAAUAUCGAAGACAAUGCAGCGGCAACUCUCAGUCCGCCGUGUCCUUCAAAAAGACGGAAACUCAACCCGUCUCCCAUGUCUCCAAACACGACAUCCCUCUCAAGCCCACAGCUCCUCCAGCAGAGUUUAUACACAACAUCAUUUGGCCACAGCAGUGACCCAAGCAUCGACUUCCUCCGAACAAGCAGCUUCGAUCCUGAAGAUCCGCCCUCUACAGCAUUGGUAGACUCCCCCAGCGGAAUCCUGCACAACCACCACAUCCCACACUAUGACGCACAAAGUACCACCGACCUGUUCGCCCUCAGAGCCGACAGCAUCCUCGAAAAAGCCCGCGCCAUAAGCCGCAUAUGCCCGCCCCUCUCAUCAAUGUCCGUUCCACCAUUCGGCACGCCCUCUGUAACCCGCAUGCCCAUCAUCACCGUCGACGGCGACGACGUGGACCUGGUAUCAGAUCUAUACCACCUCCUCUCGCGCGAGCUCGAAAAAUCGCCGAUCCAGCAGCCUCUCUACCACAUCGACGAUCCCGACGACCCCCUAACGGUCCUCUCCGACGCCGAGCUCGAGGGUCUCCUCGACAGCACCGGCGAGCUAGAAAGAGACAAUGAUGCCGACGCCGCACGAUAUCUCACUCACGUCGCCAGCUGGCGGCGGAAAUCCCCAGAAAUCAGGUCCGUGCUUAUGCAGCAGCAGCAGAUCGUACUGGUGAACCGCUACGUCCUCUCGCGCUGCGAGGUCGCCGCGCUAAGGCUCGAUACCGACGGCCUUUCGACGCUGGAGCAUUGGCAGUGGUGUGCGACUGUGUGGAAGGGGUGUGUGGGUGCCGACAUGACGAUUUUUGUGGUGGCGCUGCCGGAUGGCGGGUUGGCGGAAGAGCCCGUGAGGAGUAAGGAUGGCGGGAAGGUGGUAUUUGUGGGAAAGGCCGGGAGGAGGAAGGAGUGGGGUGGAAAAUUGAUGAGGAGGCUCGUGUUUGAUAUCAGUGAACUCGUGAGGAGUCUUAGGGGGUUUCCUGAAUAGAGACGGAAUGCAUGUACAUUUUUGGACAAUGAGCACAUACCUACCGUAUGUAUGAGGAUUUCACGAGGAGUCGCUUAUGAUGAAGGGAGG